CGUCGGUUGCUCACCCGUCACCAACACAGCCCUCUGCCGCCAAUUCGUCGAACACCCUGUCUGCCAGAGCCAUGGCCGCGGCUCGGCAGGUGGAGGACGCCGUCAUGGCGAGGCUCCGGGCCUGCGCCACCUUCCGCGACCUCCUCCGCGUCCACGCCCACGUCGUGCAGCUGUCCCUCUCGCAGAGCAGCUACAUCGCCACCCAGAUCGUCCAGCUCUGCAACUCCCACGGCCGCACCGCGCACGCCGCGCGGGUGUUCGCCCAGGUGCACGAGCCCAACCUACACCUGCACAACGCCAUGAUCAAGGCCUACGCCCAGAACCACCUGCACCGGGAGGCGGUCGCGGUGUACGUUCGCAUGCUGAGGUGCCGCCCAUUUCCGUCGACUGGUUGCCCCGGCGGCGACCGGUUCACGUACCCGUUCCUGCUCAAGGCUUGCGGCGGCCUGGCGGCCCUCGAACUGGGCAAGCAGGUGCACGCGCACGUGGUGAGGUCCGGGUGCGAGUGCAACGCCGUCGUGGAGAACUCCAUGAUCGAGAUGUACACGCGCGCCGGCAAUCUGUCGCUCGCGCGCAAGGUGUUCGACGGAAUGCAGGAGAGGGAUGCGGUCACUUGGAACACGGUUAUAUCGGCGCACGCGAGGCUGGGUCAGAUGAGGAAAGCGAGGGCGUUAUUCAACUCCAUGCCUGAGAAGACCAUCGUUUCCUGGACUGCAAUGGUGUCCGGGUACACGGCAGCGGGGGACUUCUCGGGCGCCGUCGAGGCGUCCCGGUUGAUGCAAAUGGAAGGCUUUGAGCCGGACGACGUGAGCAUCGUCGCGGUGUUGCCGGCGUGCGCCCAGCUCGGAGCCCUGGAGCUAGGCAGGUGGAUAUACGCCUACUGUAACAGGCACCGAAUGCUGCGCAAGACAUACGUAUGCAAUGCGCUGAUGGAGAUGUACGCGAAGUGCGGAUGCAUCGACCAAGCACUCCAGCUGUUCGACGGUAUGGACGAGAAGGAUGUCAUCUCGUGGAGCACGAUGAUCAGCGGCCUUGCGGCGCAUGGGAGAGCAAAGGAGGCGGUCCUGUUGUUCGUGGAUAUGGAGAGGGAGGGGAAGGUGAGGCCCAACGGCAUCACAUUUGUCGGGCUCCUGUCAGCCUGCUCCCACGCCGGGCUCCUGGACGAAGGGCUGGACUACUUCGACCGCAUGAAGGACGCUUAUGGCAUCGAACCUGGCGUCGAGCACUAUGGCUGCAUCGUCGACCUCCUCGGUCGGUCAGGACAAAUCGUGCGUGCUCUCAAUCUCAUACUGGACAUGCCAUUUCCUGCCGAUGCGAAGAUAUGGGGCUCAAUGCUCAGCGCAUGCCGAAGCCACGGCGAUGUCGACACGGCCGUGGUGGCUGCCGAGCGGCUCGUCGCGCUGGAACCAGACGACGUCGGCAACCUAGUCAUGCUGGCCAACGUGUACGCCGCGGCGAGGCGGUGGAGCGAGGUCGCGAGCACGAGGAAGUCAAUAAGGAGCAGGAGCAUGAAGAAGACCCCGGGGUGCAGCCUGAUCGAGGUGGACAACGUGGUGCAGGAGUUCGUCGCUGGAGAGGACCUGAAACCUGAAUUUGGAGGCAUUGUUGGCGUUCUGAACAUCCUGGCCUCGCAGCUUGCAGAAGAGGGUGUAGAUUCCAUCGAUUCAGAUUGUUUUGUUGAUGCAAAUAUGUCUGCUAUUGUGUUCUGACCAUUGCACAUGUGUUGUUGUGAAUGUGAUUAGCAAAGUGAAGCAGAUUAAGGGCUCCUUUGAUUCCAAGUAUUUUCAUAGGCAUU